CAACCAUAAAGAGCUUCACGUAAUUCCAUUUCACCAAACACCCCACAGAGAGAGAGAGAGAGAGAGAGAGGGUGUUUGGAACUCCAUCUUACAUAUGAAGUUCUUCGAAGGAUUCGGGUCAUGUUGUGGAGGCGCCACAGUCACACCGGCGGCGGAGACUGCCACCGCGGCCCAGCAGCAAGGAGUGGUGGGGGUGAACAUCAGUCGUGGGCGGCGGUUAACCCAAUCGCGAACGACAAAACAUUGGAAACCAGCUCUUAAUGUGAUUUCAGAGGACAACGUCGUCCCCGACGUGUGUAAGAACAACGAAGGGAUGAUGAGAUCGGAGAAGAAACAAUCUUCAAGGGCAAAAUCAAAGGCCACGUCUUACAACUAUGGGGACGAGUACUGGAAAUCCUCCCACCCAGUGGGCUUCGCAGCAUUAUCACCAACACCACAUUUAUUCUAAUUCAAUUGAGUCGCGACUUCGUUUUUCAAGUUAACUUAGGUGUUGCAUACUUGAAAUUUGGAUGAAUUGUAUUGUCCCCAAUUGGGCGAAAUGAAUUAAUUACAUGGAACGAUACAGUAGUGAGGCAUUGUUAGUUCCAGUGGGAUGUAAUUAUUAGAGCAAAAAUGGCAUUGCUACAUAUUAUUCAGCUUCGAUGUAACUAAGGUUUCUCUGGAGUUAACGAUUUCAUCCCAUCAUUUGUACAACAUC